UUUCAACACACCUUACAUCUGUGAAGUAAAACUGCUUCCUCGUUUCAUCAAAAGUUUCAGUCGCUCUUCUUAAGACCUUUGUCGGUUUUUAAAAGUGAGGUUUGUUCAUUAAGCUAUGGGGAAAAUAGAGUGGGCGAUGUGGGCCAACGAGCAAGCGCUGGCCUCCGGACUGAUUCUCCUCACAGGUGGCAUUGUGGGGGUUGCUGGACAAUUCAGAGGCUGGGAGUUUGCAGCCUAUGCUGUUGCUGCUGGGUCCUUUGUGUGUCUCCUUGAGUAUCCAAGAGGCAAGAGGUCCAAGGGCACUAGUGUGGGGCGGACGGGCCAAUAUUGCUUUACUGUUUGUGUUAAAUCCUUUGGACCCCUGACCAGAAACUACUAUGUUCGGGCUUUUUUACUUGCAGUGUUGUGUGUUCCUGGAGGGUUUAUGCUUGCUACUGUUCUUGGAUGUGUCUGCCUUGGGAUUGCAAGUCUCAUAUACCUGGGAGCAGCUAUACGAGGUGAACAAUGGGAGCCAAUUCUUCCACGACAACAGUCACCGAAACCCACAGCAGAGAGCAUCAAAAGUCCUCCAUCCAACCCCCCUCCCCGACCUCCCCCAGAGACGCGGAGGAAAAGAGUGGACGACUUGGAGGCCGCAGCCUAUGAAAACCCUCUCCCCGUUACUGCCAACGAGUAACAACAUUUUACUGGGGUCAAUUGAAUGUUAUAUUUUAUAUCUACAUCAGUGGACUGCUGCCAGUAUCUGUUCGCAUAGUGGUUUUAGAAAUAAGCAAAAUGAUGUUGUGGUUGUUGAUCUGAUUUUAUUGGAUUUGAUCUUAUUAUCUGAAAUGUCUGUAUGAGUGUAUAUUAUACUAUACUGUUACUCAAA